UGCUCUUCGGCGCGUAGUAGAUCGAUGUCGGGAAUGAGCGGCUCAGGCGUCAGUGGCUCUGGCACUGAGUUGAGUCCUCGUGGUGUCUAUCGGGUUGGCAAUGCCUGGUUCGCUGCCAGAAUAUCGCUUAAGGGCGGUCCCGCCUCGACCAGUCAAGCAGUGGGGCAACAACAAGUUCUUAAGGAUAAAGUUUAGUAGUGCUAGCUGAUGUUUGAGUUCUUUGUGUUUGUUUGCACCAAAGAUCCACCAGGGAUGAAAUCGUAGGUCCUCCAAUCCGAGGGAAGUCGUACUCGUAGGUCCAACUCGAUGUGACUAACGCCAUCAUCAAGGUGCAAGAUAACUAUGACCAGCGCGACCCUAGGCCUACCUCUUUCACCUCCUAGAACUGUUAACCAGCACGUACGCUAGCAUUAUGUCUUUCACCGACCUCCUAGAACUCUUAACCAGGACGCACGCUAGCAUUUCAUAAUGUCGCUCACCUCCUAGAAAUCUUGACCACGUACGCUAGCAUUAUGUCUACUUUCACCUCUAAAAGUCUUGACCACGCCAGUAAUAUGUCAUUGUCGUCGCGGACGUCUCCGCGUGAGCUUGCCGACAGUCGUAGUCGUACUGCUAGCCUCAGCAAUUUGAAUAUCAAUAUGCUUGGAACCACUCCGAGAUUGAGUUAUGGAUUUAUUAUCAUGUUAGUACUUAGGCAUUAUGUUAGUACUCAUUCUGUUUCUGGGGCAGCUUAGGUUGUCACGUGGUUCGUCAAGAAUGAAUUAUGAAUCAAUGAAUUCAUAUGCUAAAAAGAGUACUCAGCUCUCACUGUUCACUCUGAUCCUUGAUCAUGCACCGAUGCGAACACACAUAAUUUGCUGCGCCGGAUCCCUGAUCCUUCUUAUUUGUAUUCGUUGCCGCAGCAGCUGCUGCGCAGGAUGAACUGGAACUUAUGCACAUAGACCAUACGUUCGCUGCACGCAGUCAAUCGCAACUGACUGUUUACUCCUGUGGAGCGCUCAUACCUAGCUCUGGCUGAGUUAGGUGUGGAGCAACAGCGGGGUCGGGUCACGCAGAUGCGCGCCCGAUCGCCCUGUAUGAGUAUGGGGUGAAGCUCGGAGCGUCCGAGCUGGAGCCCUCUCGCCGUUGCGAGAGAACCCGCUUACCGCCAUGUGUGUCUGACGUCGUUCCUGUUGUGCCAUCUGUGUUCGACGCAUUUAUUGCGCGUUCUCGAGCGGUGGCAGUCCACGUUUCUGUCGUUCUGCGGCUACUUUGUGCGCAUGCUUCUGUGACAGGCGGACUUUUCCUAGGAUGAGGUUUUCGCGGUACUGGUUGGGCAGUUUGUCCCAUUCCUUGCCGGUUUUUCCUCCGCUGGUGUUUGGCUGUGCUGCUCCUUUGAGUUCCUCUACGGUUUUCUGUUCCCGUUUUGCUACCGUGGUCUUGACGCUAUUAACCGGGAAAAGCUUUCCCGCGGCUAAUUUGUGAACUUUGCCCGGUUUACCUCUUGAAAGUGCUUGUGCUUUGGAGACUGUGGGCACAGCGGCAGCUGCCGCUGUGCAUUUUAGUGUCGUGGUCGCAGUCGCGGCUUGGGCAGUGUUGUGUGCUUGCUGCAGCUGCAGUGGUUUUUUGAAGUUGCUUACUGCCGCCUCUUGCAGCAGUUGCUGUUUGCGGUCCCGGAACUUGAAGUUGUGACUCGUGUUCGGUCCAUCGUCGAGCUGUGGUUCCCAUAUUCCAUACACGUUUGGUAAGCGAUGUUGGACUUGGCGGUAGUCCUCUAGGUCUAUCGCAUAGUCUUGGAACGUGCUCGGCCGUACCCAUCCUCUGUUGUACAGGAAGAUAGUUAGAUUGGUAUGGUGCUGGUCCUCAAUCAUGCGUCUUGCUGAUAGCGCGACCGCUCUGCGUAUGCUGUGUUCUGAGAUGCAGAGAUGGGUGAGGAGCUCCGUCACCGUGUCCCUGUUUGUGACCAUUUCAUGGGUGUAGUCGAAGGGCCCGCCCUUAUUUCCAUGGUGUACGCAGAGAGGGUAACCUGGUUUGGUGCCACAGUUGCAGCUCACUGAGAUGACUCGGCCUUGCACUCCAUAGAUUUUGUCUGCUACCACCUGAGCGAACAGCAGCUGCUGUUGCUCGUCACGCCAUACAUCUUGUUGGCGCAUCUUCUUUAUGGUGGCUCCUCGUACGCCCAUAGCGACCCACAAGGCCAACAUCGCUUUGGCAUUGACCGAGAGGAGCUCGACUUUCUCGUCGAGUAGGAGAGGUGUUGCCUUUUGGUCCGGGUUUUUACUGAGUGCGCGGCGCUCGUCCUCCUCUGCUUCGGCGAAGACUUUCGGUGCCAUGCCUGUAUGGUCGUCGAUUAGUAGUUGCUGCUGGUGUCCGUUGUGUUCCAGCGGUGGUGAUGUGAUUUAUUUGGAUAUAGACUUGAAUGCUUCGAGCACAGCUGUGCCGACACGUUCUGAGUCUGACAUGUAGAGGCAGUAGAGCUUGAGUUGCGUGUUCCCGAUUUUCUGGCUUAUGGGUACUGGCGGUUCGUGUCGCGUCGCUAGCCACUCUCUGAAGCGCUCUUAUUCUUCUGCGUUUUUUGUGAGCGUGGUGUGCUCCUUUGCUAGGCGCAGUAGCUUCCUCUCGUCUGGGUUUGUUUGCCUAUCGAAGGCUUGUUUUCGCUGGCCGUUGAAAUCCAGAAAUUUCUUGUCCUGGAUCAGGGUCGUGGUUGGUGGGGUAGCUGCAGCUGCAGCUACCCUACCGUUGCCGCCUAGUUGGGCGCUGUGUGAUGUGGUUGUGCUCUCGUUUCGCGGCUGCGUUUGCAUGGGAAUUGCUUGUCGUGCUGUGGUCUUUCCGUUGCGUGGUAGGUGCAUUCUGGCUGCUGCGGAGCGAUGUUGUUGUUGCACUGCUUCCUCUCGUGAUUGUGGGCGGAGCAUGCCCGUUGUAGCUGCUGAUUGUGCAGCAACAGCUGUUGCUCGUGCUGCAGCAAGGGACGCAAACGACGGCAUGACUUUUUCUCUCGAUUUCUUUUUUCUCUCGUGAUUUCUUUUUUCUUAGCCUACAAAUUAGUACUAGUAGAUCAGAUUGUCGUGCUGCUGCAGACAUUGUGCUUGUUUACUUAGUGCCAGCAGAGCUCUGCUGUAGAUUUGCCGCUUCAGACGCCGCUGCGCCUGAGGCCCGGUCGUGUAGCUCACGAACACCAGAUGUUGGCAAGGGGCACUGCUUCGCAGUGGCACAGAAAUGCGCUAGCACCAGUUGGCGCUUGAUGUUUGUUUCGUCUACUCCAGAGUAGACCAUUUUUUAAAUUUUUAUUUUAUGGCUUUUUGUUUUUUGGGUUUUUUGUAUUUUUUAGUGCAGUGCGUUAUGAUGUCCAUAUGCGGCUUAUAUAUUAUAGAAAAGUAGCGUGCUGUACUUUUUUAAAGUAGUCUUGUAUGGUUGGUUCCAUCUUUCUUUUCCUAGUUUUACAAGUCGUAGGUUGCAAGGCGCCGAGGUGCAGCUGCGCCUUAGGCUAGUGGUUUUGUGAGAAUUACAUAUUUUCUUCUUUAUCUUUUAAAUUGUUUGAAAAAUUCAAAAAUGUAAGCCUGCUUAGUUUUUCUUCUUCUUCUUGUCUACACGUGCUUUCUUUUUUGGUGGCGUGGACUUCUUUCCACUGCUACCUCCACCGCCGUUACCGUCGUCGGAAUCUGCGUCUUCCUCUGUGUCGGCUUCCUCUGGAAUUUGUGUCCAGUUCUGUGGGCAAUUGACUGUUUGGCCACUGGCUGCACGUAGCUGGAGCUCCAGCACGUGUUGCCACGUAGUAGCACGUUGGUAUUGCUUCGGGAUCUCGUGCAUGAGGUUGCACUUUCGUGCUUUGGCUCCCGUGCAUCUGGCGAAAGCGAAAUUCCUGCAGAUGCCGUUUGGCAGCGUGGUGUUGUCCAGGAUCGGGCUUUCUGCGAUAUCGUUUGUCACUGUGAAAGCGAUUCCAUUUUUGAACGCGGCUUUCACGCGCGCGAUGAAGGGACGCUUUUUUACGCUGUCGGCGGUGUCGUUUUUUAUCUGUCGUUUCAGUGCAGCUGCACUGAGACGCAGAGGUGACGGAACACCUUUUGUUUGCUUUUGUCUGCCACCACCGUUGCCGCUACUACUACCUCCUCUGUUGCCGCCUUGGCCUGUUGUGCUUGGGCCGGCUGACGGGUCCGGGUCCAUGCCGUCGCGCGCUGAGUCCGGUCGCAUAUUUUCGUCGACGUAGUGGAGCGGCUGGUUGACCGAUGGCAUUUUUCUUUCGCCGCCGUAGGCUGUGAAGUUUUCUGCGAAGUAUUGUCUUCGACCGCCGAUGAGUGAAAGGAGGAGGUUCCAGCCGUGUGUCAUCACGUAGAGCAAUGACCGUUGGUCCGAAGACGUUGGCGCGCCGAUUGCUAAGCUCGGCGGCGUAGUAUCAAACACCAUGUACAGCGCUGUAGGCAGCAGGUGGAGACAAAAGUCGGCCAGAGUUACUGAACCUGUUUUCGGGCGCAGGUUUACCAUGGCUUCCUCUGCAGCGUACACAGUGGGGUAUUCCUCGAUAGCUACCGAGGCCCGCACUAGUGCACCAAAGGCAUUCCCGUCGCUGUUUGCGUUCACUGGCGACGUGAAUAGGACGGCCUCUUUAGAGGAUUCGUACAUGCGUACCUUGCAAUUUCGCACCAACAUGAAAAUGCAUGUCAUGUUGUACGACUCGUUCUGACUAAUGGGCAUGCCCGGCACCAAGCGCUCCACUUUUUCCUUGACCAAAGUGCGCACAAUGUGCUCGAAGCUGUGUUUGUCCGUAAUGGAAUUGGUCAUGGUAAGGGUGGAGAUCCACCCAAGGUUUUGGUGUGCGUGCUUGACUAUCGGUCGGGCAACUCCUGCGUUCGCGGCGCAGUCGCCCAAGGCGGCUAUGCCCUUGGUGCGCCAGGAGGCUGCGAACUCAGCCAAGUCGGUCUCUGACAUUAUACCAUUUACCAGUAGUGUCGCCAAAAGUCUUCUCCAUUGUCGGCGCUCGUCUUGUGGUAGCUUCUCGAUGGCUUUGUAGGCAUGCGAUUCCGGAUGCACGUAUAGGUUGUCGGCGAUGCGUUGCAAGUUGCCUUCGAUGAGUUUGCCGCUCUCAUCAAUGCCCAUUAGACGCAUGUUGUUUUUGAAGUCGUCUAAUGGCACCAUCAGCGGAUGCUGCGCUGAGCCGCGCCAUACCGGUGCAAAGGCGGCUUCUUGUUGAAUGUCGUGCCAGUAGUGGUUCCAUCCAUCUCCCGUGUAGAUGCGAACCCAGGCAAUUUGGUCGUCUGGCAUCAGCGCCUGGCUGUAGGGGGAGUGGACGAUGUUCACUGGGCCACCACCGCCGUAAGGCUGUACCGUUUGGUUGCUCAUGGCGUUUGCGGCUUGAGCAAUAGUUGCUGCUCUGACUUCUGGUGUCAAGCCCAGCUGGGCGAGCAGUUGUUGUAGUUGGCCAAGUUGUAGCUGUUGUUGUGCUGGUUGUUGUUGCCAAGCAGGUGCAGCUGCACCUGCGUUGGCUGCUGGUGCUACAGGUGGUGGUGGGUUCGCCACUGCAAGAUGUUGAUUGCUGCCGUCGGUGUACACCACUGCGACAUUCGGGGCGAAGUUAGCAUUGAAGUCGAACGUUUGAUUUGUCUGCUGUAGGGCGUGUAUGUGCUGCUCGACUCUGCCCCACCGGGCCAUUUUUGUGCCUUGUCUGUUAACGCCGAGGACGUUGCAGACGUUGUCCAUCUGCGCGUUGGAGAUCAUCACGCCGUAGGGUGAGAUGUCUGCUUGGUUUUGCGCAGCCAACUUGGCCGUUAGCACCACUGCCGCGAUUCGCGCUUGUGAGAACGCUGAGAUUGGCCGAUUUUGUUCGUCUCUCGCGCCUGCGAGCUGGAUGAACAUGUGUUCGUCUGCAAUCUGCUCGAAUUGUUGGAUCACGAUGUUCAUGACCAUCGCCCCCAACAGCUGUUGGAGGCCUAAUCGUCGGAGUGCUGUCGUAUCGUGGUCGGCAAGUUCAGCUCGUAAGUCCCGUACCCAUUGCUUUGCAUGGUCCGGGAUCUCGUCAUCGGUGGUGUUUUGUAUUACGUUCGGCAGCGGGUGCGGCGGUCCGAGCGGCGGAAACUGCGGCGGGGCAGCGCCCGGGAUAAGUGGUCCUAACGGUGCUGGUUGUGGUGGAGCUCCACCUAGAUGCACUGGUUGUCCCCCCAGUGGUGGCAUGCCUACUGGCAGUACUGGUGGCAGUUCUGGCGCUCCACCUGGAGGUUCCGCACCUGGGAUUGCGCCUCCUGCUGGUGCUCCUCCGGCUCCAGCGUCUGCUGGUGCACCUCCAUCUCCAGCUGGUGCACCGUCGGCUUGUGCCGGUACUCCACCAGCUCCUCCUUGUUCGCCUCCUGGCUCCAUCGGUGGUGGAUCGAACAUCGCUGGGUCUCCGACAGGAGGAGGCUCCUCUCCAUUUGCAGCCAUCUUUUUCUGGUUUGUACUGGGAAAGGUGGCUCUAGUUUUUUUUUAAAAAAUUGAUUUGUUUCUUUGUUUGAAUGUGUUAUUUUCUGUGUCUUACUUGUAUGACAUGUAGAUGCGUUUUUAUUUUUCUUUUUAGGAUAACAAGUUUUUCUAUGAAAAAGGGGAACUAAGCUUUGAGAGCUCUCAAACAGGCCUGUUCGUUUUUAGGUGAUGGUCUAUUAUUGGCUAGGCUCGUUAGUUAGAUAACUAAGUAGUGGAGGUCCAUUACUGUUUUAAGCCUCCUUAUGGGCGGCCUCUCAGCUGAGGAUUUUUGCUAGGCCGUACCACUCGUGAGUGUUUGAUCGUGGCAGGUGAUCAUGUAUGCUUGACUAGCAGGACGACUUUUUCCCAUCAGCAUACUGGCAGAUUUGUCUCACCUGGCGCUCCAGGCAACAGAUCUGGGUCCGCUGACCUUUUGACACUAUGCUGCCACUAUUUUUGCUUGGACGUUUAAAACGCGCCUAGCGCUAAUAGACAUAGAGGCUCGUCGCGGCGUACCCACGAGCUCUGGCGCCUAGAACAAGCUUGCUUUGACCGAAUCUUUUAGAAAACAGAAGCAAGCAAGUUCCGCACCAGCUGGAUCCACGCAUUCAUUUCCACAACAUUUAAUCCACCAGGAACACUUCACUUACUUCUUCAGAACAGUUGAGCUGAGUAGGCUUCGCAAUCUUACUUAAACGUAAGAUUGAGUAGCUCGAUCUUUUGCACUGUUCUGUCUGCUUCAAAGCUUAUUCCGAUAAGAGGAACACAAUGAAAUGAAUACAAUAAUAAACAGGACUCGCUUCAAGGAAGAAAGUUUCUGUUCGUAUGUCAGUCCGUACUUUUCGACUGGCACAAGAAUGAAUGUGAAUACUUUUCACCCACUCACCUAUCCGCUCCCACACGUUCUAUUUAUUCCUUCGAAGUAAUCCUCGAGAACGUGAGCAAGCACCUGAACACUGUGGCCAGCACACCGCGUUUGAGUCUGGACACAAUUAGGAAACAGCAUCUUCAGAAACCCACAAGUGCGCGUCUUCUAGGCACUCCGAAUGCGGUUUCUUCCGAAUCUGGAGCUGCUGUUGAGAAGGUUCAUAGUACUAGAAGGAAGAGAUAUUAUAGAUAUACUGAUUAAGUAUGAUUCAUAGAGGACAUAGACUAGCAUGACGAUGACCACCACAGAAUGAGUAUUAACGAUGAUCACCAGCACCACAAAAUGGACAAUAUUAAGUCUCAAAAAAAUUUAAAUUAUUGAAAGAUAUUAUCUCCGGACAAGGUUUUUCCAGGAGUAGCACGUUGGAAGUCCGAUGGAGGAGUAGAACGCCCAAUGGAAAUUGCUGUGCCACGACGCCAUACCUUUUUUCAACGUCCGCGGGUGAACAUCGAGAGCUCAACUUAUGGAGGGUAAAUGAUAAGCAGCGAGUACUAGAUGAACUAGAAUAUGCAUCUUCUCCUUCAUAUACGCAUAAUACGUAGUUAGGAUGAUUGUCAAGAUGAAAGUCAUGAAUACCUCGCGUGUACUCGGUUAUUUUAUGCAAAUCAUAUUUCUAUUACCUUUGCUAUAUUCCUUAUCCUAUGCUUUAUCUUUUAACGUAUAACAACCUCGACCUUGUCCCAGUCCCUUUUUUGCUUCUUUUCACGCGGAAUUUCCAGUCUCUUCCAAUUUUUGAAGCUUCCGUUCGAUCCGACAAAUCAACGACCAAAGGAAACCCCCUCAAGAGCAUGCUCAUCUUCCAAUGGAGAGCCUCAGACAGGAGUAGUGACUAAUACGACAGCGCCAGCAACAGCAUCGACAGGAAAGAACGUGUCUUCAGGUUUGAGUGAUCGCGAAGCAAAUGAUGCUCAAGAUUCUUCUACUCUACACCAUAUGUCGGAGGAACAUCAAAUAAAUCAUGGCGCGACUUCAACAUCUCUGGCCGCGACAAGUAGUAGUAGUAGAAUCCCCGGCCCACCACCAGCUGCGGGCAGUACGACAACACUUAUGGUCUAGGGAUUUUUGGAAUUGAAAUUGAAGAAGAAAGAGAAAUGAGUUUUCAAGUAUAUCUAUGUUUUUCGAUCCUGACUGUUGUAGUUUCCUGCGUUCUCUGUUGUAGUUGGCUCCUACUGCGCAGUUGCAUAUCGGACGAUUGCCGCAUUUCUUAGAAUCCACUUAGGCUAGUAGAUGCACAUCUACAUCCAUUUCUUCAACUGUCCUUUCCACCAUACAUAGGUCUACCCUCAGACUGUUGUACUAGGUCAAUAUUUAAGUACUAUGGGGGACUCAUCUAAGCCCUUCCUGCCGUCUCCUCGCGAAUCCUUGUUGCCUUUGCCGCCAACGACAUUGAGACAAACGAUGCUGCACACUUUGCAAUACUGGCUGGAGGACCUGUCGAGUGUAGGUCCUGUUGGGCAGGAAGGAGAGGGGCAGGUAGGUACUGUUAUGGCUACCUUUAUUCGAAAAAGAAAUCUCUGAUGUGUUAGUAGGUACAUAGGAAAUAUCCGUCAACGCUCUAUGUAUAUGUUAGUUAGUAGGUAUAUAUAUUUAUAGGUAUCCCUGGAUCUCAACGGCAUCUCUGGACUGUACUAUCCUUCCCAGGGAUAUUCCUGAGGGAUCUUGAUAGGGAGAGAUUACAUUCGAGGCGCAGCUCUAAUGCUAGUACUACGGAAGAUCAUCCAGCGGAAACGGUGGAGCCAACGAGUGCUCUUGACAGUGUACCUCGUGUGUCGCCGCCAUUGACAGUGAAGACACUAGACGCGAAAAGGUUGAGCAUCAUGCCACCAUCUCAGCAGGGAGCGGCUUCAUCAACUACAUUUAAGGCUCAACUUUCAAUGGUCACCAUUGAGAUUGGAGUCACUGAGAUCGAAAAGGCCACCUUCCCUUGAGAGUAGAACAGGCGAAAGAAACAAAGGGAACAAAGGGGAGAGCUUUGAAGGGGGUCCCUUCCGUUCAGAGUCAGUGACCAUUGAAGGCUGAGCUGUAAUGCAUCGGCAUCGACAUCAGUGCCAGUAGGGGCGCCAGGAGGUGGAAGAGGACUGUCUAUUGAGGCAGCAGGAGAAAACUCCAGCACUGAUGUUUAUCAAACCUGGCGACGAACGCUUACAACACAGGGGGAAAGCCAUUCUGAAGAAGUAGCGGAGCACAUUCGUGCUCUGCUAACUCUACUUUCAGUCGACCAAGAGGACUCGAGCCAGAAAAGAGAGGCUCCGCUUUUGGUUUUUAUGGUGUGGUUUCAAGGUCGCAGAUAGCACUGCUCGUGCCGCGGACCUAGAAGAAUUAGAUCUCCGAAGGAUGGAGGUUGCAUUGAAUUUGAAGUCACAUUGGCUCGUCCAGCAUAAUUUUUGUUAUCGUCGUUGUAAAAAAGAGCCUCUUCGUCCUUGCAUCAAAUUUUCAGAAUUCCCCUCUCUACAGCAGUUGUCGACAUCCAGAUCCUUGAGACGUAGUCCAAUAUACUCCCGAGACUCCUUUAGCUUUGCUCCCAUUCGUCUUUUCAUACUUCCUCUUCCUGCAGUGGAGACGCUUGUGGCGCGCAUUCGUGGCGAGGAGCAUGCAGUCAGGGCGAUCCAUGAAGCCAAUGAGGAUGCUGAGAGAGCGGAGAGUGAACGCUUAGUCCUCGAAGCAACAGAUCGAGCGACACAGUUGCAUGAAGAUAACCUCAGAUUGGAAAGGGAACUGGUAUAGUACUCCUACUUAUCUGGGAGGACUUUCUCAUUGAUUCCAGGACUGAAAAUACACAAUGACAAUUCGGAACGACUUCAUUGUCCAAAUGUAAAAAAUGGCUUGAUGUUGUCAUCUUCAAAAACUUGUUUCGUAUUCGUGCGACUGAAAAUAGUGAUAGAUAAUUUAAUCGUCCACCUAAUCCUAAAGACUGAACAUCACGUCUCAAUGAAAUGCCGAAAGAAACCCACUCCCACAACAGGACCGCAUCAAACGCGAGAUCGUUUUAGAGAGUGAUGCCUUGGCCGAACGUGUAGGUCUAGGACGUAAGGAAAUCCAUCAGAGUUUGCUGACUGGAGCUCGCUUCCUCAUGAGCGCGGAUGAGAUGUCGACAGCGCAAGAAGCUUGGAGAGCACGCAUCGAGGAAGAGCAUGGAAAGGAACGUUAAGAGUCGUCGGGUAAUGUUAUACUGAUUACAGAACUUCCACUGCGACUGCAUAAAGUGCGACCUGCUUAUGUAAGAUAAAUAGCCUAUUCGAAAACUCAAAAUAAGCGAGCUACUGACUGAAAUAAGAGAGUCUUGACUACGUUCCUCUUCUUUCAGUAUCUCCCUUAUUUUCAAUAGUUACUCGGUUAUUUCAGUUUUUCGAAUAGGUGUAGUUGUAAUGUUUCGUAUAGAUUGACACUUGGAUUUUUCAUCUUGGUCGUUACUCCUCAUUUCACAGUAAUGUUGCUUUCUGUUUCUUACUCGUCACUUGCUCUCGCACCCUCUAAGAAAUAGAAGCCCUUCUGUCCGAGAUAACUAGAGAGCGGGACGCUCUGCUAGACGAGCAAGCGAGAGAAAGGGAGCAGAUAGAAAAUGAGCAUCAACGAAGCCUCGAGGAACUGGGGACGUCGCAUGCACAAGAAAUUCUUGCUAUUUUAAGGCGAUCAGAAGUUGUUUCGGGGUUAUUUAGCGAGUGAUGUCUUAGAUCAGCAUCAGGAUAAGUACAUGUACACAGCGAGUCCGUUCAUGUAGAAGUUCUUGAUGUGUUGGUCGUUUCUAAAAUUACAACAAAAGCAAGGCACGGAUGCAGCCGCUCGUAUUGCAGAAGCAGAAGCGAUUGGUCGACGAGAGGUCGGCAGAAUGCUAGACGAAAAGCGACGUCUCGAGGGCGAAAGAGAUGCUCUUGUCAAUUCCUUGCAAACCAAAGAGGGAGAACAUGACGCACUUAUCGAACAAAUUCAUCAUUAGGAUUCUAUUUCUAAGUACUUGAUGUUGAUUUUUUCAAUCGUUCGGUAAGGUUGUAGGUAUUCCAUUUCUAGUUCUAAGUAUCUUGUUUGAUUGAUGUUGCUUGUUUAGUCUUUUGGUAUCUUACAUUUUGCUCCAGCUCCAUUUCUCUAAGUCCAUCUUCUCCAGAAUGCUAUUCCCAUUCCACACUCUCUAAGCGCAGUUGCAGAAUGCUUUAGAUGCCGCUAUUGCUCAAGGCUCAGAGGUAGCAGAACAACUCGCACAGGGGAAGACGGAAGUCGAACGAUUAACAGAACAAAAAAAGGAGUUUGAAGUUAAGGUCCGGAAGGGUUUUUCGAGAGUGGUAGAUUAACAUUAAGUAAAUGUGAUAAUGUAUACCUGUUUUGGGUUUUCAUCCUCGUAUCAGCACCUGUAUAGAUACGUAGUUUUGGUUCCCAACACCAGUUAUUUUCGCUUUUAUCUAGUGGUCCUUCUGGCUGUAAUCUUAAGGUUCUAUAUCGGUGGUAUGUCGAAGGUGACCUAGAUCUUGGCUACCUUCAUCUAAGGAAAAAGUGCAGAAAACGUUAGAGCAAGAGGCGACAGAGCUACGAGAUCAAAUUGCGGAGAAGGAUAGAGAAAAUCAGGAAGCUUUGGAGGCUCUAGCAGAAUCGAGGGCAACAGAUUAAGGCGCAUUAUAAGAAAAAGAGGUACAUUUAACAGCGCAUAAGGAUUAUCAUUAAGUAGAGGUACAUUUAACAAUAACAAACAACAAGAAUCAAAUUUGAAUGACGUUGUUUACAACUACCCAAGGUAGUUUUGGUUUUGAUUCAUCGACUUUCUACGUUUCGAAGCUUAUUUUGAUUCAUCGAUUCUCAUUCGCUAGACUCACUCUGAUUCAGAAAUGUGAUUGUGAACAACAAUAGCAGUUGUAGUCGCUGCAAUGUUAGGAACUACAAAGUCGUUCUUGAUCUACGUACCUCUAACCUUCAGCCCAAUUAAGAGCAGCAACGGAGCAGUUACGCGCAGUUCACAGCGUCAUCGAAAGUAAGGUAGCAGAAAUGCGAACUGCGCAAGCUACAAGCGAGAAAGAGAACGAACACCUGAAUCAAAAAAUCGAGCAGUUCAGAGACGAAGUGUCCGGCUUGAAGAAGAUACGAUAAAUGUCUUGUUUGAAAUUCUGUUCUAAAAAUAUUCACAUAAUGAAAUGACUUAAUCAGAUUCAGAGCAACAAGGUUCUUUCCCCGUCGUGGUCUCCCUGAAGAAACUGGUUGUUUCUUCGCCUAGUACCUCUUCUAUGUCCUUACAGUGUAGGAGUUGCCGCUAGUUCUAGUUUUAGUUCCAGAAAUAGGUCUUACAAGAUCUUACUCCCGCACAUCCAGACAAUAGUGCUCUAACAAAAGAAGGCAGCAGGCAGCAGAAGCACUACGAGGAGGCUCGAAGGGAUAACCAAGCUUUGCGUGACCAGCUAGCUAGUGUCUCAGAGCAGCUCGAAGCAGGCCUGUGGGCCUCUAUGCCGUCUCCACGGACUGGAGGGGGAGGAGCAAGUUGUGCUUUUUUAUGAGCAAGACUUCUUUUUGAGCUGAUGAAUUUACACUGUAGAUCGAAGAUCGGAAAAUAUUUUUGGCAUCAUUUAAGAGGACCCACCAUCUCUCUUUGUCUUUGACAUGAGGAGGACUACAUUGUCUUUGAAAAGAGAAGAGGAGGACUACAUUGUCUCAUCACAAAGACAAAUCCUCUUCAUUUUAGAGAAUCCACUAUCACAAAGACAUCACAAUGACAAUGAUCUAAUGUUCUUCUAACUCUCGCCGCAGCCAGAGGCAAUGCGUUAGCUUCGUCACCAAAGGACGCACUCAUGAGUCAGAGGGAGAAGAAGCUUCUCCUAGGUCCAGGACGUAAUGGUUCACCUACGUCGCAGUUACAUCUCGUGCCUUCUCCCUUAGCAUCUUCGAACCAAGGCACAUUUGGGUCCGGAGGAGUUGCCGGAAUGCUUAUGGUCUUUGUGGUGUUUCAGCUUUUCUGGUGCAAGAGUUUUCUCUAGCUCACUGUAUAAUAUCUGUCUCUCGUGCAAGGGUUUUCUCUAGCUCACUGGAUAAUAUCUGUUUCUCUAGCUCACUGUAAUAUAAUAUCUGUUGUAGUACUGAUGAUGCUCAUCUUCAUGUAUAAUAUCUGUUGUAGUACUGAUGAUGCUCUUCAAUCUUCUUUUAGUGAUAAGAACAAGAAGGAGGUAGAGUCGUAUGAGUACUAUAGUGGUCGGGUCGUGGAUCAACAUGUAGUAUUGAGACAGCAACCUAUUCCGCUUCUAUUUCUAAGCAACCAACUGAGCAGCGGAUGUUAGAGCGUUUGCGGUCUGUGGUGAGGCUGUUGAAGAGUCAAUUGGAUUCCCUUAGACUUGACUGGCAGAGGACAUUAGAUUAAGAUUCAGACUUGUCUGCAUCCUUGAAAAGUAGCAUGACUGAGUACUCGAAAACUGACUGAAAUAAGAGAGUUACUGACUGAAAUAAGAGAGGCAGCUUUGACAGGGCUACUCUUCCUUGUUCAGUGAGCAUCUCGUUUAUUUUAAGUAGUUGCUCGCUUAUUUCAGUCUAUCGAAUAUAAUUCUCAUCGUGAUGCAGUUCUUUCAAGGAUGCAUCGCAAAGAUGAACAAUAAUUUCGGACGGUUCUAAUUUGAAUCUGAGCAAGCGGAACGUCUAAAGGCUGCUCAAGCUAUCGCGCGACUUCAAGCUUUACAAGAUAAUCAAAACAAUCCUUCGUCGAGUUCCAGUAGUAGUUGUUCUCUUGUAGAGGUCGUACGUGGAAGUGGAGCUAUAAGUGAGCAGAAGGGACGAGAACAAGGGCAAGCGCAUCUUUCAGCUGUGGACGAUAAUGCUGGAGCAAGUGUGAGAACGACCGAGGACAUACAAUUAGAUGUUGCGGUUCCGAACAUUAUAGAAACUGCACAACAACAAGCACAAGGGAUCAUUGAUGAAUCUAAAACGCUUAACGAAAACGACGGCUCUCUAGAAGACGGAGGUGGAGUUGACGAGGAGCACCGGAACCUCAACCAGGAAAUUAAUAGAGACGAUGACCCGCAUCAGGAUUCAAAGAAAGAUCUUUCUUGUUCCUUAUUGCGACUAGUGGAAGACGAACAGAGCAGAAGUGCAGCGUUGCAAAGAGAGGUAGCUGAUUUGCGUGAAAAGUUACUCCUUAGCGAAAUACACAGAAUCGAUUCACAUCUGCAAGAGAAGCAGGUCGAUGUUAUGGUUUGGUAAGAAGUACUGCUACUGAAACAACAAAUAAUCAUUCUCAUACAUCAAACUCAAAGAGAUCAAUAAUUUCAUCUACUUACAUAUCUGUUGUUUACUUCUUGUAGUUGGACGAGAAAAGGUAGAAAUAACUUCGUGUUGCAAGAAAAGAGUAGGGUGGAAGAUGGAUGUGGAUCUAGAUUGAUUAGUAGCUUGAUGUACUUAUCAAUAUACUGUCCUUCGUCGUUUGUAGCUGUGAUUCUGUGUGAACAUCAAAGAGGAUAGAAAUAAAUCUUCGACGAUUCUAAUCUUAUUCUGCAAGAACAAGAGAAGCAUCGUCCUAUAGCAGACUCGAGUGCAACAGCAUCAUCAACGGGAGGACUGAAGAUAAGAAGGGAUGAAACGAAAAAAAGUACUGUAAGAAAGGUAAGCGUAAGUUGUUCCUAAGGAAAAGUAAACCUGUAAAAAAGGUAUAGCUUCAAGUACUAGUCUGUUAUAUUGCUAUUGGUCCCUAUGAUAGAAGUUGUACCGCGUAAGUUUAUUUAGACGAGGAAGAGCGUUACUCGAAUUUCUACGUCUUUUCCUUAGUUCUAUUUUCUAAGAAGGCCACCUGAAUCCAAGACGAGCACAACUACAGCUGAAGUUGCAUCUUCAAGUCGGCCGUCAACGUGUGGUCCUUCUGGUACUGGACCAGUAGAGCGAGCUCAAGCCGCAGAACGGUCCCGGCUACUGGAGAAGAAGGGUAAGCAGCACGGAGCUGAAGUGUCACCGACAGCCCAGCAUGAUACUGAGAAGCUAGCCGCUGCAGAGGCUUUUUCUGCAUCGCUGUCUGCAAGAAACAAAGGGAACUCCACUGGUUGUACUUCCGCUACGUCCGCUUAUAAGCAGAUAGCGCCGCGCGUUUACAAUACAACUAGUACAACAUCUACUUCCGGUUCUGGAGGUACUUCUGCUAGUCGCGGUCCUGGUGCGACGGCGAAUAAACUACCUGGUGCAAGUAGUAGCAGCCACAGUGGUGCUCCAGCAAGUUCGGGGUCGUCGUCCGGUUGGGCAAAGCCUCCAUUAAGGCUCGACGUUUGGAGUCAGUUAUACAGAAGGUUAGUCGUAGAGUUGAGAUCGAUAGAAUGCAUAUUUGACCUUGACGACAUCGAUUUCGAUGCAUAGAUCUAACAUGAACUCGCUCAAGAGGCGGAACCGGGACCGGCAAUGCCUUGAUGUCAUCGAUAGUUAAGGGUUUGAUUGCAUCCUGCACCAACUACAUCCCUGGCUCCUUCCCCACCGAGAAAGGAGUCCCCAGGGAUGUUCUGAAGAAUGCAAUGUCGGAACCUGUAAGUAGAUAGGAGGAGACCAGAACCACCUGGGUCAUCAUCAUAAAUCCAUGUCUCGACUACUCGCUGAGGUGGAAGCGGAGUUUUUUCCUCACAAUCACAGUCUGUCAAUGUCUGGUGGGUUACCGCUGUCGCUGCCUGGGGCAGCACAACCCUCUGUAGGACAACUUUUGCCAGCUACAAACGAUGGACGCACUCUCUUUCCACCACGUACAGAUGCACAUCAAGAGCUGCUUCUUCAGCAACAUCUUCCACAACAUACUACCAGCAAAAUUGUUCCCAGUAAAAUGUCCACAUUAGAAGAGGUGUUCCCGCAGCACCAUCCGAACAAGAUGAGAAGCGUGGAUAUUGCACGUCUACGGACGCAGAAGUAUUUGCGUUCAGACCCGGCCAUGAGCUGCGAGGAGGACAUAGCACUUGCGCGCAUGAGAAUGGAGCUGCGGAUGGCAGAAAUGAAAUCUGUCCAAAGCGCGGAGGAAGUUUUUUAUGUUGGUCUUCGUGUCCUAUCCUAUCCUACCUAUUACUACAACUACUACAACUACCACAACUUUUUUACACCUACUACAACUACUAUUUAGUUGUUCUGGACCUGAAGAUGAUGAUCAUGACCACAAUCUUCAUGUUCAAGGUAGCAAGGAUUUAAAGAAAAAGAUUAUACAGAACUGUAUUUCAUCACGAAAAUGAUUCCGAUCUCAUGAUGUGUAGACGAUCAUGUAGAACCUUCUUCAUCUUUGGCUUCGGCAGAGUGCGCACGAGCAGUCUUGGGACCAAGAGCUUUCGCUGAUCAAGGCAGCCAAGAGCAUCCUAGAGCAACAAGUAAAGGCGAAGAACCUGAACGGAUAGGAAUGGGAAUCGUUUUCAAGAACAGCAAGCAGGGAAUCAUCCUAUCUAUUUCGAAAGUAGGACUCAAAUCGUCCUGCAUGGUAAUGAUUUCUAUAAGUGAAGCAGGAAUCUAAGCUUCUUCAUUACGUAUGAGUCCUCUAACCUAUAUUGUCAUUUGUCUGAUGAAACUGAAUGGUAGUAGUAAAGGAUCAUGAAGAUUGACGGAAACCGAAACCUAUUGCACUAGAAUGAUUACUAAGUUUUUAGACGGAGAAGCUCGUCUGAAAAUAUUUCUCUUGAAUUUGAUUUGUUGAUGUGUCCAAACAUCGCCUUGUUGUAUCGCUCUCACACUUGUCAAGUCCAUAUGAUAAAUAAGUACUUGUUGUCUAAUAUUUUUGGAAAUGUCAUCAUACUCAACUUCAACAAAAGUAGAAAAAUGUUGAAUACUUGUUGGGCUAAGAUCAUCAGGCUUCGCUCGUUGUGCCAACAGACAGGGGAGCAUGAGCGACGAAGAACAACAGUAGGAAACUUUUGAGACGUGGUAAUGCUUGUCUCCGCUGUGUUUUGAGCCACGUGUCAGUCUCAUCGGGAUGUUCAUUCUUCUCUACUUGUGUUCUAC